AUGUCUAGUGCAUUAUUAAUAGAAAAUAGUGAUUUAAAAAAAAAAGUGGCAUCUUUAGAAGAAAAAAAUAUGGAGUUAGCUUAAGUAUAAAAUUGAAUUGAAUUUAAUAGAUAGCUAGAAAAAAUCUUAAUGGAAAGAGUAGUGAUCCAAAUGAUUUACAUGAAAUAGUUUAAUUGAAAUAAACAAAUAAUUAGUUAUAAUAACGUGUAGAAUUUUUAUAAGCAAGAGAAAGGGAUUUACUUGAAUAAAUAAUGAGAUUAUAAAGAUAACCAAAAGCUUAUGCAGGAUUUUGA